AAUCAUAAACGCCGGUGCUCCCUGGGAGCUGCGUCCUCCUUGGGGCUCGGUGACAGGCCCCUGCACAGUUAGCUCUGAGCUAAUUUCCUCGUCUGUAAAAGGCGGGGCCACCUUGCUCUGUGUGAAGGAAAAAAUGAAGCGCAGGAAGCCUUCCUCUGGGGUUUGCCGGGUGCAGCAGGGCUUUGUGCUUGGUUUCCUGCAGAUGUUGAGCCGCGAAAUGAAUUUAUUGCAGACUUCAAACGGGGCAUCCUAAAGUUUUUCCACGUGACCCUUUUUUGUCCAAGAAAUUUUUUGUGACCCCUGCUGUAUUACCAUAGAAACCAGAUUUGCAAGUCAAACAUUGACAUCAUAAUUUUGCGGGCCCCACUUGAAGUUAAGCAACCCACAUAGGGGGUCGCGAGCCAGUUAAAGAGGCCUUGACUUAGGCCAAAAUCCUGAUGAAGACCAUAAAAGUAGGCUUUGUCCCAACAGCGAGUCUGUGAGGUGGUGCGAGGAUAGUUCUGUUUUACAGAUGAAAAAAGCAUAGAAGUAGUGAUCUGUCCAGUAAGUAUUUUAGUUGGCAUUUGAAUCCCAGCAUUCUGCUUCUAACAGGCAGGUCUUUUUCUACUGUGCUGCACUUCCGUUGGAUGAACUUUGUGAAAGAUGCAGAAGAGAUCGGCUCUAACCGCCAUAUGAAUACUCUGACUCUGAACCGACACACAGAGAUCUUGGAAAUCUUGGAGAUCCCUCAGUUAAUGGACACUUGUGUGCGAAAUAGCUACUAUGAAGAGGCUCUUGAACUUGCGGCCUAUGUACGCCGACUGGAAAGAAAAUAUUCUACCAUCCCCGUUAUCCAGGGCAUUGUCAAUGAGGUUCGUCAGUCAAUGCAAUUGAUGCUCAGCCAGUUGAUCCAACAACUUCGAACCAACAUCCAGCUGCCUGCCUGUCUCCGAGUUAUAGGCUAUCUUCGCCGAAUGGACAUUUUCACAGAGGCUGAGUUGCGAAUUAAGUUCUUACAGGCUCGAGAUGCAUGGCUGCGUUCCAUCCUGACCUCCAUUCCCAGUGAAGAUCCCUAUUUUCAUAUCACUAAGACUAUUGAGGCAUGUCGUGUCCACCUUUUCGACAUCAUAACACAGUACCGUGCCAUAUUCUCUGAUGAGGAUCCCUUGCUGCCACCAGCUGCCGGUGAGCCCUCGGUGAACGAGAGCGCCAUCUUCCAUGGCUGGGUGUUGCAGAAGGUCUCGCAGUUCCUACAGGUGUUGGAGAGUGACCUUCAACGUGGAGGCGGUAGCCGCUUGGACUCUCUGCUUGGCCAGUGCAUGUACUUCGGGCUCUCCUUCAGCCGAGUAGGGGCUGAUUUUCGGGGCCAGCUUGCUCCUGUAUUCCAGCAGGUUGCUUUGAGUACUUUCAAGAAAGCAGUUCAAGAAGCUGUGGAGAAGUUUCAGGAUGAAAUGAAUUCCUAUACUCUGAUUUCUGCUCCCGCUGUGUUGCGGAGUACAAUUCCUGCUGCUGUCCCUGUGACUCAGCCUGGAACCUUGCAACCCCCCAUGGGACUGCUGGACUUUCCACCCCUUGCUUGUUUCCUCAACAAUAUUCUGGUUGCAUUUAAUGAUUUGCGUCUCUGUUGUCCUGUGGCUCUGGCUCAGGAUGUGACUGCUUCUUUAGAGGAUGCCCUUGGCAAGGUAACAAAAAUAAUAUUGGCCUUUCACCGGGCAGAGGAGGCAGCCUUCAGUAGCCGGGAACAAGAACUCUUUGUCCAGUUCUGCACCAUUUUCCUGGAAGACUUGGUCCCUUACCUAAAUCGCUGUCUUCAGGUCCUCUUUCCACCAGCCCAGAUAGCACAGAUUUUGGGUGUUCCACCCACUCAGCUCUCCAAGUUUGGAAAUCUUGGACAUGUCAACAUUCAAGUCAUUCAGGAGUCCUUGGCUUUUAUCUUGCCAAAGAAAGAGGCAGUUUUCCUACUGGAUGAGAAAGGACUGGAACAAGAGAUCAUAGCUCCAGCUCUAGAACCUACUGAACAGGAACCCAAUCUAGCAUCUGCUCCUGAAGCUUCCCCAGAGAAAACAGAAGAAAAAAGUACCUCGGAGGACCCUUUGCCAUCUGACUCUCCCUUGAUUGGGACUUAGUGAAAGGGGUAGUUAAUGGCUACUCCUAAAACAUCUGCAUAGUUUCAGACCCACGCCUGUUGAAGUCAUUAAUUUUUUGAUUGGGUGCACAUCUGAAAGACCCGGUACAAUCUAAACUUUGUCUGAUCCUGUACUACAACUUGCAUGUUUUUACCCAGAGUCUGGGUAGGCCUAUAUAACAUGCAGGGAUUAUGUUACAUGCUGUGCCCUGAACAGAAUGACUUCUUAUGGUUGAAUUUAUCUCUUGGAGGCCCAUACUGGGUUUUUUCUGAGACAGUCUCUGAGAAGGUGAUAAAGGAGUACACCUGCACUGAAAGGAAGUCAUGGAGUAAUUCUUUGGAUUCGGAAAUGAAUUGGGUGGUGUAUAAAGAUAAAAUAAUAAAUAUUUUAGUCAUGA